ACAUACGUUCCCGUCAGAAAAUCCCAUCCAGAAGAGAAUAAAAAGGAGUACUAGAAGUAAGGUGGUACGCUGAAGCAAAGAAAUGACAGCGGGGAGUACUGAAAAUGGAAUUCGAAACACAGACAUGUAACCAGAGGAAGAUAUCAAUGGAGCAACUGAACAACAACCAAACUAGGGUGCAUGGUGUCUUAAUUAGCUUUGGAAGCGAAAACUUUACAUGCAAAACCUUUGCAGGCCAAGGAUUUAUUAUCCUCCCAAACAGAUGUGAAAGGGACUAGGUCUUGCUGCCUGCUUGCCUGCAGGCUGCAGGAACUUGUCAAGCACAAGUGUCGUACAUGGUCUCGCUUACCUCAUGCCCACCUCCUCGCCUGCCAAUUGCCAAUGCUAUAUAAGUUCCUUCCAUCCCUUGGUUGGAACUCUCAAUUUUCCUCUUGAGAGUCUACCUUGAUCACAGCUAGCUCUCCACCUUGUUAGUGCAUAUGUGCACAUAUUUAGAUUGCUUGUUUUGCUUCAUGAUAUCGAGGAAUUCUAUGUUUUGAACAGUUCAAACUUUAGGCUUGCUAUACAAGGAAGAGCAGUUAUAUAUUCAGGGUGUAAAGUGAAGCAGAGGUGCUUUUGGUUUAUCAGCAAAGUUCGUGGUGGGCUAAGGUGACUUGUGCUGCUUCAACAAGAGAUAGGUACAUACUGAAGAUCUUUGGCCAGAACUGCUUCAAGAUGAGAAGUUUUGCUUGUGCUCAUGCCGAGAAGAGGCAUCGACUGGAUAGAACUUUGCAAGCUAACAUAGAUUAAAUCAAGAUCGCUGAAUCGCGCAAGGACUUACAUCACAGUUUUGUUCACCUGCUCUGACCUAGCAAUCAACCACAGAUUUCAUUCAGUUUGGUGGAGAAAAAGUCAGAGUUAGCACUGUUUCGAUUCUGAAGAAUUGUUCCUUUCUCUAUGCAUGCCAAGUAAGAGAAGUUUAAUAGCCUCUGAAUAGAAUCAUGACAAGCAAAAGGGACGCAUGACAACACGUCAGGGAGGAGAUGGAUGGAGUCAAAGAUAUAUCGCGAAAGCAACCGCGGAUGCACUCAAGCAGUCAGCGAUAUAUCGAUGAGAAAUCGACGCCGAGCCUGGACCGUUAAGACUUAUGCAUGCAACAGUGUUAGCAAGAAGGGGUACGUGGGAAGCUGCUACACCAAGCACAAGCCGUUGAGCUUGCUGCUACCUGAAGGCUUCAGCGGCAAGAUGCUGUAUGUGAAGCUUGUCCUCAUCCUCCUCAUGUGCGCCUCCUUCAUGGGCCUUCUCCACUCGCCAUCGAUCCGCCAUGGCCAUGGCGACGACCAACAUAGCACAAUGUCACCUGAAGUGUCGAGACAGGGGUCGUUGGCACCGGCGGACGCCGACGAGCCGGCGGACUCAGGCGGGUACGCGUCGAGCUUGAGGAUCGACUGGUCGCUGAUCUCCAAGGCGGUGCAAGAAGCUGCCGCUCGAGGAGUAGAAGGAGGUGGCCAUGGGUUGCGAGUCGGGCUGCUGAACUUCGACGGGGACGAGGUCGAGCAAUGGAGGACGGUGCUGCCGGAGUCCGCGGCGGCCUCCGCGGUGCACCUGGAGCGCGUGGGGAGCAACGUCACCUGGGAGCACCUGUACCCGGAGUGGAUCGACGAGGAGGAGCUCUACGCCGCGCCGACAUGCCCGGACCUGCCGGAGCCGCAGCCGGCGGCGGAGGGAGCGCAAUACGGCUACGACAUCGUGGCGGUGAAGCUCCCCUGCAGCGGCGCGUCCGGCUGGUCCAAGCACGUGCCGCGGCUCCACCUUCAGCUCGCGGCGGCUCGGCUCGCCUCCGGUCGCGGCUCAUCGGCGGCGCACGUGGUGGUGGUGAGCCCGAGCCGGUGCUUCCCUGCCCCGAACCUGUUCAGGUGCAAGGACGAGGCGAUGCACGACGGCGACGUGUGGCUCUACAGGCCGGACAUGGCCGAGCUGCGGCACAAGCUCGCUCUCCCCGUCGGCUCCUGCAAGCUCGCCAUGCCGCUCAAAGCCCUGCUGGGCGAGGCUCACGCUCACGCAACGGCGCCGCAGAGACGAGAGGCGUUCGCGACGAUCCUCCACUCGGAGCAGCUCUACGCGUGCGGCGCCAUCGUGGCCGCCCAGAGCAUCCGGACGUCGUCCGCUCCGGACGUCCAACGGGACAUGGUGGCCCUGGUCGACGAGACCAUCAGCUCGCGCCACCGGGCCGCCCUAGAGCUGGCCGGGUGGAAGGUGCGCACGAUCCGCCGGAUCCGGAACCCGCGGGCGUCGCCGGACGCCUACAACGAGUGGAACUACAGCAAGUUCUGGCUAUGGACUUUGACAGACUACUCCCGCGUGGUGUUCCUGGACGCGGAUCUCCUGGUGCAGCGCGCCAUGGAUCCCCUCUUCGCCAUGCCGGAGCUGAGCGCCACGGGGAACCACGGCACGCUCUUCAACUCGGGCGUCAUGGUGAUCGAGCCCUGCAACUGCACGUUCAGCCUCCUGAUGAGCCACAUCGGGGACAUCGGCUCCUACAACGGCGGCGACCAGGGGUACCUCAACGAGGUCUUCUCCUGGUGGCACCGGCUCCCGUCGCGGGCAAACUACAUGAAGCACUUCUGGUCGGGGGAUUCCGCCGAGCGGCGGGAAGCCAAGCGGCGGGUGCUCGCGGCGCGGCCGCCGGUUGCGCUGGCGGUGCACUUCGUGGGGAUGAAGCCGUGGUUCUGCUUCAGGGACUACGACUGCAACUGGAACGCGGCGGAGCUCAGGCAGUUUGCUAGCGACGAGGCCCACGCCAGGUGGUGGGAGGCCCACGACGCCAUGCGGCCCACGAGCCUGCGGAGGUUCUGCCUCCUGGAUGAGAGGCAGAAGGCGCUGCUGCGGUGGGACGCCAUGGAGGCCCGGAAGGCCAAUUUCUCUGACGGGCAUUGGAGGGAGCGGAUCGUUGAUCCUCGACGGAGGAUCUGCGCCGAUGACGAGGCGGGGUUGCGGUGCCGGGAGAGGGAGAUCGAGGGGAGAAGGGUGGAAGGGAACAGAGUCACCACGUCCUACGCCAAGCUCAUCCACAACUUCUGAUUGCCUUUUUCUUUCUUUCUUUCUGAUUCAGAGGAGGAUCACGCAUCGCGUCCGUUUCCUGCUGAUCCGACGGUACGGUGUGCACUGUGCCGGUGUCUUGCAUGCACAAAGUUCGACGUGGCGGCUUUGAGAUGUUCGAGCCUGUUGCACGCUUGCCCAUUUUGGGGACAAGGAGCUUUUUUUCCUUUUCCUGAGCGGAACCCAUUUUCGGGAGCUGUUGCAAUCGUGCGCAUGCCAUCUGGAGUACGUAGUCACAAUACUGAGAAGCUAGAGAGGAAUGGACAUGGGGCAUCUAUGGUUUUUCUAUUCUAUGAUGCCGGCGUGUGUGUCUGUUUCUUUUUAAGGGAGCCCAUGUGGUUGAUGGUCUGUUUUCCUCUUCGUCGGCCUUUUUGUGAUCUCCUGGUAUAUGCUGUUUCCAUUUGUGUUUUUCUGACCUGCCCUUGUUGGGUUAACUAGUAAUCACCGUGGUUACGUAAAA